UAAAAGCUUGCAACAGGCAGGAGGAUUCGAGGUCGGUUGGCUUUUUAUUUUCUUUUCCUCCCUGAAGGGCUGGAACACGACAGCUUUUCUAUUGGUUGAAGCUAUCCCUUGAGUAGAUUCGUGUGCAAAAUUGGAAAAUAAUGUUGGCCAGAAGGGAGAAGUAGCUAACGGAAAAUAUGCAAAACCAAGCAGUAUUUUUCGAGGCUGGGAAAAAGGCUUGGUUGCAUUAUGUUUAGGGGGUUCGAUGCUGUCGCAGACCCAGCAGAAAGAGCGAGUGGGACGGAGCAGACACAUUCCUUGUUGCUCGUGGAUCCUGGAAGGCACGCGCACGGUGAAAGUGAGGCGACAAGCCCCAGAGAGGACAGAGCAGGCCAGCAGACGACAUCGCGCUGUCUCGCUCCACGGCAGUCGACAGAGACGAAUUGACUAGCGCCUGGUACAGUUAGUAGUCCUCUGUGCUCUGCUGUCGAGGGCGGGACCGAGUGGACGGUAUUCUUUCCCUACUGCUGCGCGUGACUUCGCCACUGUGUCGAGAGGGCUAGCAGGGUACAGGCCAGGCAACGAUCGUUAAGGAAACAGGUGUACAGGACUUCGCUUCUCAGAGGACUGACACAUUCGCGUGCUUGCAGUGUGCUCUUGGGAGUCAAUGGGAACUGUUGCUAAGCAACACCUCUGAACGGCCGCACGUGGUCUCAACCAAAGCUCGCGCACAAGCUGAAGACGUCCAAUCAGCGGGCGCAGACCAUCCUAUGCUGGACUGCGCUGCACAAAAAUGCCACCACCCAACGACAAAGGAGUCACUCACCAGGGAGAGGGCAAUCGGUAGCACACAAUCCUGGAGGCAAAACCCCGGGUGGUGGUGGGGGCAAAAUGGGUAACGGCGCGAGUGCAACUGGCAUACAAGUGGUGGUUGACGGCGAAACAAUCGACUUGGUAACGGUCAAGAUGCUGAUCCCUGAGCUCAGGGAGCAAGUUAAGUCGAAGGAUCUUCACAUCAGAGAUCUGGAGGAGGAGCUGCAGGAGAAGAGCCAGGCGCUGAAGGAGAAGACCGCGGAUGUAGCACGUCUAAAGGCAGAAGUUCACAAACUCAGGUCGGUGCUACAGCUGAAGGUUGAGGAGAGUGUAGCGUCCAGUGGUAAGCCAGAUAUCCUGGCUACGAUUGUCGAGAAUACUGCCACGCUGGGUCCCGAGACUCGGGCCAAGAAGCAAGGUGUUUCAGGUGAGAGCCCGUCCUCCAACUCACACGGAGUAGUCGAAGUAAAGCAUCACGACAAGGAUUUUAGAGCCAAGCAGCUUAUAAAAGAUGCAAUCCUAGACAACGGCUUCCUCAAGAACCUUGAUGCUGUGCAAAUCCGAGAAAUAGUCGACUGUAUGUACGAGAUGAAGUUUGUCAAAGGGCAGUAUGUCAUCAAAGAAGGGGAAAUUGGCCAGCACCUCUUUGUUUCAGCCGAGGGUGAGUUUGAAGUUGAGAAGGAUGGAAAUGUUCUCGGAAAUAUACCACCUGGUCGGGCUUUUGGGGAGCUGGCCAUUCUAUACAACUGCACCCGAACAGCCUCUGUUAAAGCCUUGACCAACGCGCGAGUAUGGGUGAUGGAUCGGAGAGUAUUUCAGAUUAUAAUGAUGAAGACAGGUUUACAACGACGCGAUGAAAUCAUCCGUGUCCUUCGCAGUGUACCUUUGCUCAAAGAUCUACCCAACGAAAAACUGGGAAAAAUAGCUGACGUUCUGGAAAUAGACUUCUUCCAUGAAGGGGAAUACAUUAUUCGCGAAGGCUGCACUGGUGACUCUUUUUUUAUAAUCAACAAAGGAGAGGUCAAGGUCGUCCAAACCGUUGCCAGUUCUCCUGUACCACAGGAAAUACAACUGCAGAAAGGAGACUACUUUGGCGAAAAAGCACUUUUAAGCGAUGACCGACGAACUGCAAGCUGUAUAGCACUACCUCCCGGCGUGGAGUGCCUCACGAUAGACAGAGAGUCUUUCAACCAACUGAUAGGUGAUUUGAAUGAACUCAGAAACAAGGAUUAUGGCGAUAGAGCUCGCGGCGCACAAAGUUUCUUGAGUGCAAAAGUGAGCAGUGAUCUUCAGGCACAGUCCAGUGCCAUUAGCAAAGAGUUUGAAAACAUUACUCUACAUGAUCUUGAGCUUGUGGCAACGCUUGGUGUGGGUGGUUUUGGAAGAGUUGAGCUGGUGCAACUGACUCAUGACAAGAAUCGGACAUAUGCUCUAAAGUGUAUGAAGAAGAAACAUAUUGUGGAUACCCGUCAGCAAGAGCAUGUCUUCUCAGAGAAGACCAUCAUGCUGGAGGCCAAAACACCUUUUGUUGUCAGGCUGUACAAGACAUUCAAGGACAGAAAAUAUGUCUACAUGUUGAUGGAGCUGUGCCUAGGUGGAGAACUCUGGACCAUUCUCCGAGACAAGAGCUGUUUUGAUGACUUGACAGCAAGGUUCUGUGUAGGCUGUGUCCUGGAGGCCUUCCAUUACUUGCAUUCCAAAGGCAUCAUCUACAGAGACCUCAAACCUGAGAACCUGCUGGUGGACAGUGAAGGUUUCAUCAAACUGGUUGACUUUGGUUUUGCAAAGAAAAUUGGAGUUGGAAGGAAAACCUGGACAUUCUGUGGAACCCCAGAAUAUGUUUCUCCUGAGGUCAUCCUGAACAAGGGUCAUGACCAUUCAGCAGACUAUUGGUCUCUUGGAAUCCUGAUGUAUGAACUGCUAACUGGCACCCCACCAUUCACAGGUGCAGACCCAAUGAAGACCUACAACAUAAUUCUCAAGGGUAUUGAUGCAAUAGAGUUUCCCAAAAAGAUUUCGCGCACUGCAAGCCUCUUGAUAAAAAAACUGUGCCGGGAUAACCCUGCUGAACGACUUGGCUAUGGGAAGAAUGGCAUCAUCGAUAUUAAGAAAAACAAAUGGUUUCAAGGAUUUGACUGGGAUGGUCUGAUCAACAGAACAAUCAUACCUCCCAUUGUUCCCAAGGUCAAAGGUCCUGCAGACUUCAGCAAUUUUGACAGUUACCCAUUAGACAAAGAUAUUCCUCCAGAUGAGACAUCUGGAUGGGAUCAUGAUUUCUAAUUUCUUUUUUUUUUUUUUUUUUUUUGUAAACUUCACAACAGAACUUGUGUAGCAGCUUAGUUUCACACUGCAAGCUUUUGGAGGAGUCUUUCACCUGCAAAAUCUCCUGAAGCAACAGCUGUGGUCUUCUGUAUUUCCACACAAACUUGCAACUCCUACUCAGGAAGACAUUUGUCAUGCACAGCUUAUCAUGUGGGCAAUGUCGCACAGCAGUUGUGUUUGUGUAGGGUUGUAAAUACAUAAUGAGGAGUCACUGAGAACUGCUUCCUCCUCCUCUCCCCUAUUUUCUGCUACCAGAAGUGACACCAUUUCAACUGUGCAUUCAAAAUAAUAUUACAUCUUAAUGUUGACUCUCUGCAAGAUGGCUAUAUAUGCUUAUUUAAAAAUAUAAAGAAGGAUUUCUUUUUUGGUCAUUGAGAACUGUUUGCAAGACUUGCUAAGGUCGGUUGUGAUAUGGAUUUCUGUCUACUGCCAGCCAUCUGACUGCCAAAAACAAACAUAAAGACCUGGAGCUCAAUCACGUCAUACCUGUGACUUAGCUCUGUUUACAUGCUUGUGCUCCAAGAUGAAAACUACUUCAGCACAAAUGAUCUGCUGCUAUGUGUCUGCAAGACAGCUCUGAUUAUGAUGUCAUAGGCAAGGUGAACAUGUUAAAAUGCCAAAUAAUAGCUGUAUUAUGCAUAUUUGUCACAUGGCUACACUAUGUUCAUUUUCAUGAUGAUAAAGCUUGUCAUAAAUCUCUCACAUGUAAUUUCUUGUACAGAAAUGAAAAUUGAUCUGAGAAUGUUUUGUGAAAUAGCAUUACUAGUUAAACGGCUACUUAAAUAAGCAGGCAGCUGUAGAGACAGAUGAAAAGGCAAGCAGCAGUAUUAAUGCUCACUAGAAGCAGAUUUUAAAGACCUGUUUAAAGGCAAUAUACCAAUAACUUUGUGAGAACUAAUUUUAACUCCAGGCUGCUUUUCUCAUCAGAUCUGAGGCACUAUACUAUAUAAAGACCACGGGACAAACUGCAAGAUCAAAGUAGAUAUUUGUAAAAUUUGUCGCAAGUGGUCCAGAUGCUUUCAGACAAGAGUCUGAAUACAGCUUCAAAGUUUCAAUAAGAAAAUUGUUUUUUUAAUGAGGACAUAGUGGAGCAAUGCUGUUACAACGCUGUCCUGCAGUCCAGUAAAAUGUAUUAGCUGUUUCAAUAUCAUUAGUGAAGUUUUCUUUGUGCUGGCACACAUUCUGCAAUUUUGUGAUCCAGCCAGUAUUCUGCAAUGGAGCUGCAUCGAAAGCAUUAUAAGUUAAUCUGAUGGUGAACGAGUAAGAGAUGGUGCCUAUGUGGGUAAGCGCAGAGUGUGUGUGUAUGCACGUGUUGUAUAUAAGUGCAUGCAUGGACGUAUAUCUGAACAUUGUGCACAUUAUGUGCAUGCACUUUUACAUAAAUGUAUCCAUGCAUGUGUAAAAUGUGUGAGAAAAAGAGAAAUAUCUUUCUUGUGCACUUUUCGUUGCAACUUUGCAUCUGUUAUAAUUUGUAUUUAUGGUUAGCAUAUGUGAUACCAAGGAUGCUUCCCUGUUGACACUUCUACAACUUCUACAGUGUUACUGUUGAAUUUUUAAAAUACUGAAUUAUUUUGAGUAUAGUUCCAUUAAAAUGUGAAACAUAUAUAUACAUAUUUGUUUCUUUCCACUACAGUUCUCAAAAUAGAUGACUCAAUUCUGCACAAUGUGAAAAUAUCAAUGUAGUUUAUUUGCUUUAAUUUUCAGCCAUUUCUACAUUCUUCUAUAGCAAAAAUCACAGCUUUCAGCUAGUGGAGUUAACUGCACAUAAAAGAAAAUCAUAUGGACUAUAGAUUCAAUGCCAAUGAGUUUCUUAUGUUUUAAUGCUCAGGAAUUUUAUAUUAUUUAAAAUUAAAGAAUAAAGUCAAAGUA